CUCUGUUGCUGCAAACAGGAUGGGGGCCGGGGAUUACAUGUGCUUCACGCUGCAUGGUGGUGCACCUUGGGGGUUCAGCCUGAGGAUUGGAGAUGUGAACCCCUUUCAAACUUUUCUUGUGUCACAGGUGGAUGAAGGUGGACAUGCCUCUGUGGCUGGAGUCCUGGAAGGAGACGAAGUUGUUUCUCUGAACGGAGAACCAUGCGCUGACCUUACUCUUCUCCAAGCCUGUGCAGUCAUGGACACCGCACUGGACUGUCUGCAGCUGCUGAUUAAAAGACAUAGCACCAGCCCCGACAAAGCCCCCAAACCAGCAAAGUCUUACAUUAGUGAGCAGGAUUCUUCUAGUGAUCCAAUGGAAAGCACCACUCACAUUUCUCCCUCUAUGGACAGACCCCAGCGGCGACUCACUCGCGAUGAAUUCCAGGAUGAGGCCUUCAAGGAGGGGGAUAGCGAUACUGAAAUUGCAAAUCUGCAGCAACAAUAUUUUGUCGGGGACCCAAAACAGUGUUCCAGUGUAACCAGGAACUUUUUGCCUGAGGACAUGGUAGAACUCCAGGUGUCCUUUUCUGAUCAGUCUUUAGCCAAUACAAGUUGCACUUCUCUUGGUAGCGCACAUGGAGCUGAAGCGUAUCCAUCAUCCACAAGGGCAAAUGAAAGAAUGUGCACAAUUACCAAAACCCUCCCAGCUAGAGAGCCUUGCCAUCAUCAUGGAGUGUUGCUCACCUCCCCUUCCAUGCUUCAGCAGGUGGAGGUCAUUCUGCAUCAGCCCUCAACAUCAGGGAGGGGCAUCAAGAGCUUAGUCAGUGUGCAGGGUGGACCAGAGGUCAGAGGAAGCCAGAGUGAAGGGGAGGAAGGAGGUGGAGGCCACAGUCCUGUCCCUCCUGGGUCCUUGAGCGUCUUGUUUCAGGUUCCCUCAGAAGAGGACGACUCCAAUUCAGAAGGUGAUCAAGAAACUCCAAUCAAGCACCGUGCCAAAACAGCAAGGUUCCGGCGCAGCGAAAGCCAAUCAGAGAAGCAGUUGAAGGAGGCUAAAUCCAAAUGUAAACGAAUUGCUCUGCUUCUAACUGCAGCACCAAAUAAUCCCAACAACAAGGGGGUGUUGAUGUUCAAAAAGCAUCAGCAGAGGGCCAAAAGAUACACACUUGUGAGCUACGGCACGGGUGAAGGCAAACAAGAAUACAGCAGUGACGAAGAGGACAGAGCACAAGAAAGUCAAGAGAAAGGGACAGUUGAAUCGAAUAUUGAUCCACUAAGGGACCCUAAAUUUAAGACACAUAUAUUGAGAGUUGACCAAAGCAGUAGCAUUUUACUAGACCUUAAGCGGGAGAGGGGCCUUCUUGAGUUUGAGCGAAAUCUGGAAAAUCAAGUGACUAUGGAAUGUUUACCAGACUCGAAGGGUAAAGGUGCCUUAAUGUUUGCCCAAAGACGGCAGAGGAUGGAUGAGAUCGCUGCUGAACAUGAAGAGCGUAGACGUCAAGGGAUCCCUGUGGAGGGAAUGCAGGACUCUGGCAAGAUGAGUAUGGAACAGUCAUUCAUGCAGUCCACAGGAGACAGCAACACCUACAUUGACGUGAACAUACACCAACAAGGCCAACAACAGUACUAUGAGCAACAACACUGUUACCAACUACAAUAUCAACAGCAACAAUUGCAGCAGCAACAACAAUAUCAACAGCAAGAGCAGUACCAACAGCAAUUUCCAUUACAUCACCAACCGCAGUAUCAGCAGCACGAGCAAGAGCUCUAUCAACAUCAGCAAAUGAUUAAACAACAGGGGUUCCAACAACAAACUCAACACUACUCUGGUAUGAAUGGUCAAAAUCAAAACAUUGACAUGCAGAGCUCUCACGGCAACCGCACAGCAAAACCUUUUUCCGUGCAAAAUAUGGAAUCCACUUCUUACUCCGGACAGGGUGAGCAGAUAGCUUCACGUGAUGAACGCAUUUCUACACCGGCAAUCAGAACAGGCCUCUUGGAUUCCAAGAAGAGAAAUGCAGGCAAACCCAUGUUUACAUUUAAGGAAGCACCUAAAGUUUCCCCCAACCCGGCAUUGCUCAAUCUUCUCAACAAAGGUGAUAAGAAAUUGGGAGUUGAGGCCUCUGGACCUGAGGAAGACUACCUUAGUCUUGGUGCAGAAGCUUGUAAUUUUCUCCAAUCUUCACGUGUCAAACCCAAGGUUCCGCCACCUGUGGCACCAAAACCACUGAUCAAUCCCAACUCCCCACCUUGGACCCCUCAGAUGGACGCUUCAAACGAGGAAAUUCCACAACAUGCUGACAUUUCUGCAUCUGACCCUUCAGCUCACCCAAUCACAGUGAAUGCUACUGUCGCUAAACUAGAGUCAACUUCUGAAGCUGCCCCUGCUUCAACAACCCUUCCAGUGUUACAGGAGACUCUAGCCAAUGAAACUACUGAGAACCAAGUCAAAUUAACACCUACCGAGCCUGUAUCUCAACAGCCAGUUGGAGGUCAACAGGAUAACUGUCUCGUCAAUACCUCCCCACAACCACACAAUGUUCCACUGAAGAAUUGGGCUGCAGAUCCAAAACUAACACAGCAUCCUUCCGUUGUGUCCUGGCAUCCUACUCAGCCCCACCAGCCACCAACAAGUCAAACUCCACAGCAACAAUCAUGGGUCCCAGGCCAACCUCCAAUCCAAGGACAAGGACAUCUGCAGUGUGACAAUUGGACACCCCAAUUGAAGGCAUCCUGGAGCCAACCUCAGGAGGUGCCAAAAUCAGAGCCAAUUGCACAGACAUCAUGGAGCCAAAUACAAGGGAAAACACCCACACUAAUUCAGCCACCAUGGGUCCAGCCCCAGGAGACCCUGCUCCUCGAACAGCAACCGACUUGGAAUCAACCUCAAGAAACGGUGCAACAGCAUUUAAAGGGUACAUGGCUUAAAGGAGAGACACCGCCACAGCCACCCUGGGUGCAACAAUGUGAGCAAAAGCCCCAGGCACAACCCCCCUGGGCACAGCCAAGUCAGACAGCAGAUCAACAACCUACAUGGAUGCAGCCACCCCACCAGCAACAGGGUCCUCAACAAACUUGGCCACCUUCCCAAUUACCUGUGCAAAAUCAAACAGCUUGGGUUACAGCUCAACCUCUAACUCAGCAGCAACAUCUUCCCACCAAUGCUUGGACAACGAUGCAACCACAAACCCAACCUCAACCUCCUUGGGUACAAGCACCACAGGUGCAGCCACAAGUGCAGCCACACCCCCAAGGUAAUUUAAAUUCAUGGGCUCCAGUGCCUUCCCAGGCUCCAUCCCAACCGCCAUGGUGUCAACAUCCUGUUGGUCAACACAACAUGAGUUCUUGGGGAGCAGAGGAAAACCAAGCCCAACACCAUCCAACCUGGAUUCAGUCAACACCCUCAGAGCCAACACCACAACCAAACUGGCAACAAGCCACUUCAAGUUUUCCUCCUCAGAUAUCUUCUUUGCCUCCCGCACAAACACAACCACAAACCCCUCGAAGUUCUUGGGCUCCACAGUCUCAGCAAAAUUCUCUAGUGAACACCCAGCCAUCUCCAAAGCUUUGGGAUGCAUCACAAAGUAGCACAUCAAGUCAAACCCCAAAACAAAUGAACAGUUUUCCCAUUGCUCAAAGAGAUUCCUCACCUGUCAACCCCAUGGCCACAGUCUUCAAUCCCUCAUCAACCUCUGCUUAUGAAAUGCCGCCUGUCCGAGGAAAAGGAGCUGACAUGUUUGCCAAAAGGCAGACUCGCAUGGAAAAGUUUGUUGUCGACUCGGAGACAGUGGAGGCAAACAAGGCAUGCAGAUCAACAUCACCGGCAGCUUCUCUACCAAACGAGUGGAAAUACACUCCCAAUGUACGUGCUCCACCUCCUCGAGCAUAUAAUCCUAUUCAAUCUCCUUUCUACCCCCCUGCAGCCAUCAAGCAACCCCCUUCAAGUGAUCAGUCAACUAAAGCUAAGAAAAAAGACAAAGAACAACAACCAAAGCCAGCCCCCAAACCUCUUAAUGUAGUCGAUGUUAUGAAGCAUCAGCCUUAUCAACUCAAUGCAUCACUCUUCACUUUUGGUCCAGCUGUGGAGGAAGCUAAGGAACCUAUACGUAAACCAGAUUGUUCACCUGUUAAUCCAGCCAUUGAAUACCAAAACGUGAGCUAUGAACAAGGAAUGAAUACACAGCCGACAGAGUCACAGAAUGCUCAAUACCCUUCACAGAUUUAUGGGAUGCCUUUGCAACCCAUUGUUCAUGAUGGCCACUACCAGCAACCUCCGAGUAGUUAUCUUCAAGCAAAUCCAUAUCAACAACCUGCUCCUAGUCCAUAUCAGCAAGUAUACCCCCAACAGUGUCAGCAAACUCCAACGUUAGCAUUUCAACCUCAACCUGGUCAGUCUUUAACCCUUCCCUAUCCACAAUCCCACCCUUACCAACCACAAAACAGUAGUCCUCCCUAUAUGGCUACUCCAUCCAUGCCCUUCCCCCAACAGUUGGGAAAUGCCUAUGGGUCCUCUUGUGUCACGGCAGCUGCACAAACAGAAUCCUCAACUGCUAGCAACCCUGUCACUGCUCCAAAACCCAAGUAUACAGCUAAGAGCACAGCCCUGGUGUGGAAACCUGCUGGGGUGGAGAAACAGUAACUCGUUUUAAUGUCUUAAGUAUGGGUUACUCUAAUCACCAGUACAUUGCACUACCAUCCCAAACGGAGACAUUUUAGACAAAGUAACCAGUUGUUAAUUGUCCAAGUCCCAGUUUUGAUUUGGGGUGGUUAUUACUUAAAACUUAAAAUGAGAUAUUAGAAUUGUAUUCCAAUUAAUGGCUUCUAGCAUAUGAUGUGAUGGUCCAAUGAGAAUGUAGGGGUGAAGGUGAUAAGUGGAGGAAAGCGGGCAGUAAAUGGUUAUAUGUGUAUGUUGAGAUUUUAUUUUGACGAUGAGGGAUAUGGUUGUCAAUAAUUGGCCUGUUGUGUUGUUAAAGCUUGUAAUGUGUCUAAUUGACCAGGUGUGUAACUACUUAGACUGAACAGUGUAUCUGUCAAGUAAAGCAACCAAUACACUGGUGAGUGACGUGCCUAGGAAAUAGUUAAAUCAACUUCUAAAUGGGAGAGGAUGACCGAAUAUUCAUUAUAAAAAAAAACUACUUUGCAGCUUCAUCUACUUAAACAUCAGAAAUGUGUGUGGAUUGAUUCUUGUUUUUUGCUACUACCAAUCGUCUAUUUGGUAGCGCAACUGUCGUUAAAGCUCAGUUUCAGCUGUUGCAUCAUGCUUGCCUCUAUAUUUAAAAUCGUCUCCGGGUGGGGGUGCCGAGAUGCUGUCUGGAUUAGAUUUAAUUUUUUGUGAGAUAUAUUAUUAAGAUAUAUUUAAUUUUUUUCUUGUUUUGAUUUUGUGUUACUUUGUUGUGAAAUAACAAAUAAUACACUUUCUGUAUGGUUCAUUUCAUAGCUAUUAAAUAUUUCUGAUCAUAUUCUGCCUUUUCUUUCUCUUCUCACACAGCAUCUUUGUUUCUAGCCUGCUUCUGUUUGCUCUGCUACACCUUCUCUUCUCUUAUACACAGUGAUUUGCAUUUAACAUUGUCUGCCAUUGCAUUUAGUCUCAUUCAAACUUAAGAUGCCCAUUAAUGGAUUAGUUCUCAAUAACAACAAUACUAUGCAAUGAACAAUUUACAGUAUAUGGAACUUAUUCUGAAAUAAAUACAUAAAAAAUCAUAAACGUGCUGUUAUGAAGAAUUGUCUUUAUUAAAUCUUUUGUUGACCUGCUGUGACUUAAAACACGUGGGAAGAAAUAUGCAAUUGUUACUUGGUAUAUAAAUACAUUGUAUUGAUAUUAAUACACUGUAUAUUAUUAUUAUUAUGGCCCUUCAAUAUGGCCACUAUUUUGUUGUCCGUCUUUCUUCUCCAAAAUAAAUUCUAUUCUGUGCACUCUUUGCAGCUUCAUGUUCUGACACAUAUUUUUCGCUGGAGGGCAGCAGUAUCCAGCAGUAUCAUUGCUAAUCCUCCAUGUGUAUUUAGAUGAGUAAUUUACUGGCUCGCUACAGCGUAAAGCACCUUUUUGGUACAUGCAAAGUUAUUUUAGCCUUAUUUUAAAACUUGAAAUCAUGUUCACUAUUCAAUUAAAUAUUCCGCCUACAGAAUCGUGAAGAGUGUAAUAAAUUGAGCCUGUAUUAAUUGAGAGGAAUUCUCAUUCUCAAAAUAGCCAGAAAUAUUGCCAUCUUAUUUGACUCUUUACUGUCAUUUUAUCCUCACGUUGAUAACAAAGUCCAGUCUUGUUUCCUUGAUCUCUAAAAUCAAACCUAUGCUUGUUCAUGUGUUCAUAUUCUCCUCCCUGGACUUCUCUCUCUGACUGCUCUCUGACAUCAACAAGAAGCCUUUCUCACGCCAUCAAUGGGUUCAGAACUUAGUAGCUUCCAACAGUUUCUGGAUCACUUUAGUCCACUUUAAGAUUUUACUCAUUACUUUGAAAGUCUGUCUUGGACAUACUCAGAUUACAUUGUAGAAAUGCUGACCCCGUAUGAGCCAGCCAGGAGCCUCAGGUGGGUCUCUACUGUCUGCCCCGAAGUCAAGGCUUAAAUCUUGGCGAAACAGAGCUUUGUCCGUGAAGGCACUAGGACUUCCGUGGUACCUCCACCUUUGAAACACUCAAAACCUGUUUUUUUCAGAUGUACAGUUCAUGUAUUGCUGUCCCAUUUUCCCUCUAACUUCUAGCUUUCACUUUUGUUAUUCAACUGCAUAUGUAUCCUUUGUGUAGAUACAUCUAUGUUUUUCUUAAAGUUCUAUUCUGUCUGAAAGGCACUUUGUGGACAGUGCCCUGAAAUGUAUAUAGAGUGACUUAAGUUUUUUAGUAUGUAUUACAUAUAUUACAUGCUAUUUCUUCUCUUCUCUUUCUUCUGUUCUAGUCUCUCUCUCUCUUCUUUGUCACAGAAGGGAAGCAUUGUCACUGCUGUUCCUCUAUGUGUGUUUAUAUUCACUGGACUGCUAUAGCACACUGCUUCUCACCAGUAUAUGUAAAUUUAUUGCUUCUGGUUUAAAAAACUUCAUGUUAAACAUCAAAUUAAAUUUUCAGUUGAUAGAAUAUGAUGUUCGAGUGUAAUAAACAAAGCUGGAGCUAGGACUGUGUAUUUACUAUUAAUCAGUUCUGAUGAUGUGCUCCAUGACUGUUGUGUGACAGACAAAAAAAAAAUUAACUCAAAUUCUCAAAUUUUGUAGGCAUUGAGUGGAAACUGCGCUCUGUCCCUACUAGCGAGAUCGACUUCCAGAGGUCAGCAGUCUGGCUCUUCCUCAUUCCAUCCAGCUUGGACGUCCAAGAAGGCGGUAGAGCAGCAGAGGGGCAAAAAACCAAUAACACCUUGGGAGGCUGCUUCACGACAUCCUCUAGGUUUGGUGGACGAAGCCUUUAUCGAUCACAAAAAACAGCAAAGGGUCACAGCAAACAUUGAACAAACAGCACAGACCAAAGUUCUGCCUGUGCCACCAGCUGAAUGGAGUGCACGGAUGAGAACCGGCAGCCAGUGCCGUGCUCCGUUGCCAUUGUUCCUUUUUCUGACACGAAGCAGUCCCGGUGGUCAUUAUGGAUCCCUGCCAGGACAGUGCCGCCCUAACUGGCCCGCUGGCCCCUUCUAUGAUCAUGGCCCGUGAACAUGCAUGCCUGUGGUCUUCACCUUUUCCCUUCUCUGUCAAUAGGUUAACAGCUGAAACUGAUGUACCUAAAGUCAAUUACAGAUUUUUCAUGAACACUAUAUCAUCCUCUGAACAACUUUAGUUGGUUCAGUUCAAUGUCUGAUAGUCAGACAAAACUAUACACAAAUGAUGAGGCAGUUAAUAGCUUGAUCAAGCCUCUGCAGUUUUGCAUGUGUGUAGCUUAGCUCCACUGCUAGCACCAGUUUGAAACAGGCUUCUGAAAUAACAGUUAAAGUUAAAGUUGCAUGUUACAUUUUUACAACAUUCUUUUUAUUAUUGUAUAUUUUUAAAUAAUACAUUAUAUUAAGCUUGAGCAACACUUAUUAUUACAAUGAUUGACAAUGAAAUUAAACAUCCUUUUUUUGUAAAGGCUCUCACAGUGAGCGCUAUUUUCUGCAAGGGGCUUUUUUUAAACUUGUCUUUAUGACUGAGGAAUGUUCGCAGAGGGGUUUUAGUAUUAUAUUACACAAUAUAUUUUAUUUUUUAACAAUUUUUGUAUUUGAGAAAACAAAAUGCACGCUACAUAGGUUACUUCAUUCUGCAGGUUACAAUAAUAAGCCAAUGCACAAUUUGCGUUGGUUUAUGGUGUACUACUAACGCUUGUUUGCUCACACUAAAAUGUCACUUAGCAAGUGAACAUGCGGGGGUUAAUUUUUUCAGUGAUGAUUUCUGGGAGGAAAAAAUGUACAUUAAUGUUUAUUUAGAAAGUGAUUGUGCAGCUUAUAUGUCUUAUGAGGCACACUAGGGUGCAGUGAUUGUAGUGUGAAUACAGUCUGUAUAAUGAUAUCUUUUUUUUUUUUAUCUCAAUUGAAUAGUUCACUCUGGCGUCCUGCGUUGCAUUAUGUUGUCUGGCUGCAAGUGUGGAUGGACAUCUAUUGUUUUCAUGUCAUGCGAUUAAGGUGACCACUCGUCCCGAAAGUAUUCAAGCGAAGAGUAGAGUAUUGUGCUGCAGAUGGCUGCUUACCUAUGACAGUUUUUGAUGAAUGGUUAGAUAAUGCUUUUUUAGUCCUUGGUUUGUUGUGCUGGACAGCUUCCUACACUCUUGUCUCUGUAAACUCACAUGCCUGCAAACUAGGGAACGCACAGUGUCUCAA